AACCCUACGUCGGGGGAAAUUCUUACGUUACUUACCAUUACUUACCACUAUUACAUCAGCAAUUAACAAUUUAUCUUUGAUAUUGUUGCAUCAAUUGGGUGAAUUUGUGCCGAUUUCUUGGCUGUAAAAUUGUCAAAUUUGUGGUAUUAUGUACUGGUGGUGAUAAUUAACGAGUAUAACCAAACCAAGUGCUCCCCACCGGCCCCUCUACGCACUGUCUUGCCCCGGUUUUUUGUGAAGGGCAUGGGCGUGCAUGUGUCGUUCUCUUCUGGAAGAAUUCUAAUGGCAGAUUGCGGCUGAGGAUUGCUUAGUGAGGGAGGAACUAGAAAACGAUUAUUUGACAGUAAUCAUGAUGCUCUAUGCUGCGGAUGAUGCUGUUGUUAUCACUCACUAUUUGUCAUCCUUUCCUCGUAAUUGUUAUUCGCAAGUGAGUAAUUGUGAUGAUAAUAGUGACAGGAUUUGAUCCACUUGUGACUGUUUGUUGACAUUGAUAAUGAUACGGAGAAGGGAUGCGUGGAGUUCGUGCUAAUGACGUGAAUUAGAGAUUUUUAGGUGAUAAUGUAGAGCGUUCAGAAUCUGUUGAUAAUCUCUUGAGAGGAUUCAACUCGUAGAAUCGAGGAUAGCGAUCGACAUUGAGGUUUUUGGUGGACAAUGGAUUCUCCACCAUCGUGUUCACUUAGUGCCACUGGACCUCUCAGUGAUAUUGGCAGCAGUGGACUUGGGGGAUCUAUAUCCAGUGAUUCUGUCAGAGCACAACUUGCUAUUGAGAUGCAGGAGAGUGACAUCGAGUCAAAGUCCCUCUCCCAAGACUCGUUCGACUACUCGGACGGCAUGUGCCACCAGAACUUCAAUACCCUGAAGAAAGGACCAGGCUGGGCGGACCUGGAUCCGAAGCUGUCCGUGGAGGACGUGGCAAUAAAGCCACCGCCCGAAUUCCAAGACAGUCCCUCCCCGCCAGACUCCGUAACCUCAAACCCACCCCUGGUUCUGCAUUACCGUCUGGGAAAAGUGAAAAUUCUCCCCUGGAUAGACGAAUUAGCGGACUCCCUGAUUCACCAGGUGAUCUCCCAGGCACUAGCCCUGGCAUGUCGUGUCUCCUGGCCAGAGAGUCACCUAAGUCUUUCCCAGGCUCGUCCUCAUCAGACAUCAGCCACUCACUGUCCCCACCAGGCUCCAAAGCAGCGUUUUUGGGCAUCUGAAAUGCUUCCGUCAUCCUCGUCACGUCAGGCUAGCACAGCAACGAUAACAAUCACCCCCUACAAUACCCUGAACCGUCCCAACUCGAGGUGCUCCCUGGCCUCGUCACGUCUCUCCUCCUCUCACAAUUCCAUAAAUACCACUGGCCUCUGCAAAGCCGACGACAGUAGCUUCAUCACCUCAGCGAUGUCCCACGAUGUCCUGACAACUUCCGAGAUAAGCGAUAUGUACAACGUGCCCUUCGACUCGGACAUUUACACUGUCCCCAUCGACGUUGUACGUCCUUUCCACGAACUUCGCACCCCUCAGCGUCCAAAACGCCACCGACAUCACCGAAAACGAAGAAGAAAUGUGUCCGCCAGCUCCCAGAGCGAACUGGAGGCACACAUUCAACAGGCGAGACACUACUGCGGUAAACCACGUGCCAUAACUCAUGUCAUCAAGUCCCAGAGGCUCUUAGCUGAGGUCUGCUGCAGUGACAGUGGAAAUGGUAAACGUCAUAGUGUUCCUGGAACUUCAGGACGUCAUCGCACACCCAGUCAUCAGCACAACAACAUCGGCGAGCCCAUUCACAUGACAUUGCACGAGGUCAGACAAUACUUGGAGACACUGUACUCAAGCUCCAGUGAUUCAAGUGAAAAUAAAAUAAAGAGGGAUAAAUUGCCCAGUCAGACGCCCAUUCAUCUCGGCAUACCAAAGGGUCUCAGUGUAAAUAAUAACAACAAUAAUAAUAACAAUAACAACAACAAUAGGUACAGUAAUCCACACACGGAUUCAUCAACAGACACUCCACUAUCGAAUAAAAGCACAAAUGGACUGAUUAACAAUAACAACAACAAUGGAAAUGCUAGAAAGCACAAGAAAAGUGGAUUGGUUAAUAAACAUAAAAAGAAGGAGGAAGGUAAAGAGGGUGGAAAGGGAGAGGUAGAGAGGGAGAAGAUGAAGAAGAGCCAGAGGAACUUUUCGUUGAACUUGAAGCAGACGUUGUGCAAUAUAUUCAGAUUUAGGAGGCUGGGAUCGCCGGAGAAUUUUGGUGAUAAGAGAAACAGCAUUGUACAGGGUGAAAUUGUUGAGGAGGAGGAAGGGGGUGACAAUGAGGCCCUCGGUAUUGGUAUUAAUAAUAACAACAGUGGAGGUGACGUGGGGGAGGUGAAGAUGCCGUUCUUUAAGAGGGCUCUGCCACCUCUUCCCAGGAGCAAUGGAGGCGUUGGGCAUGUAGAGCAAGGGGAGGACGCCUUGACGUCUAUUGGCGAGAAGGGGGAUUCUCCGGCAUCGGUGCAGCAGAUCAGCCCUGGGAGAGAGGGUGAACUGCUGCCGCCUGAGGAUACUAGUAUGGAUUUUGCUGCGAGCAUCGAGAAGGUCAAGGAUUAUGGUUGGUACUGGGGGCCAAUGUCUGGUGAAGCUGCCGAGAAGAUCCUGUCGAAUGAGCCCGAUGGGUCAUUCAUCGUAAGGGACAGUAGUGAUGAUCAUUAUAUAUUUUCACUGUCGUUCAGAUUGAACAGUUGCGUGAGACACGUGAGGAUUGAACACGAUCAAGGUAAUUUCAGUUUCGGCAGUUGCACAAAAUUCAAAUCUCACACGAUAGUAGAUUUUAUUGAGAACGCAGUGGAGCACUCGAGAAGUGGUCGCUAUUUAUUUUUUCUCCAUCGUCGGCCUGUCCUUGGCCCCAUGAGAGUCCAACUGCUCCAUCCAGUGUCGAGAUUCAAACAGGUCCAGUCACUUCAGCACACCUGUCGUUUUGUCAUUUUAAAAAUGGUUCGCAGAGACCUCAUUCCCACCUUACCACUUCCACGGAGACUUAUCGACUACUUAAGUACACCCCAUUACUACAGCGAACAAUUGGCUGAGCAGGAUGAUCGAGCCGAAUCACCAGUUAGCUCCUCUACGGGUGAAUUGGAGAAGAUUUGUUUCACACCCCAGGGCCUAUCGUGAGAGUUUCAUCGCAAAACACUUAUUCCAUACGAACCAAUGCUCCUGCGAUUACACUCGGAACUGCAGCUGCAUAAAUUUUACUAGAUUGAAAGUAAAAUAAUUACUAAAAUUAGUAAUAAAUAUAGAUGAUUGAAAUUGGCCAUAUUCUCAGUGGUAUCAGCCAAUCGACAAGUGAUUAACCAAGUGUAAAGGUGAGAAUAAUGUACAUGCCAUCGACCAAAGUAAAAUUGCUGAAAAUAUAGAAUUGAAAAUCGUAAAAGCACAGGCGGAAAUAAGUGAAACUACUAGUAAGUGUCAUUGAUUGACGUUUGUUACAUCUUUUACUUUUUUAACAAUUUUUUACGUUGAAUGAAAAUGUCAAACGAUGAAUGCGAAUGCGAGACAACAUUGAUACACCUAUUAUUGCCUAAAAAUUGCAAAUAAGCUACAUGAGUCGCGCUUCAUUGUGUGAUCAUUCAAAUUAAUGAACUUAUAUCGUGACUGUGAUGCUUGUUUACCAAGCCAAGCACAAUUUUCAAGUUGAUGAAGCUAAUGUUUCAUUCACUUCAUGACUAGUUUUUUUUUUUUCAAUGUGUAGAAUGAUAGUAAAAUGUAAUGAGUCAAUUCGUAUUCAUAAGAAAUUCUUAGAAGAAAUUAUUAUUUUUUUAUUUAUUUAAUAUUGUUUAAUAACCUUGAUAACGACUGAGUUCACAAGGAAAUGCCACACUUUUCCUUUCCAUAAUUUAAUUUCUUUUCUCAUUACAUUUUACUAUUUUUCGAUUACAAUUGGUACCUUCAAUUUAUCGUUCAUCGCGAAAUAUUAUUAUUUUUAUUUUCGAUAACCAAUCGAAAAUAGACACAUUAUAAAUCCAAUAAAAAUCGGUCAAAAAAAGUGGUGAACCGUGAUAACACAAUUUUAAUGAACAUAAUUUUUUUCUGAAUGACGUUUAGAAACACAGGUUGUUAAAAGAAAAGAACUUUAGGUUUCACCACUUAUUAACAUCCGGAAUAAAUGCUAAUGAUCCACUGUCAAAAUUAAUUUGAAUUAUAAAAUGUUUAUCGAUAUAUAUAAUGUUGUUAAUUGUUGCAAUGAAAGGAACAUGCUAGUCAUUAACAUUAAAAUUUAAGAUUGGGCCUCGAACUGACUCUCGAAGGAUACCAGGGUUACGUAGAGAAUGAAAAUGUGAAUACUAAAAGUUCCAAGCUCAUACGCAAGUUCAUGAACAUAGACUAUUAAUUAUUAAUUAUUAUCACGUGCAAAUGACUUUUUGUACAGUAGAAUUUUUCAAUCUAUUGGAUAGAAGGAGAGGAAAGAUUAUAAGUAAUUAAUUAUUACGUAAGUAGUGAAUUUACUCCCAUUGUAUUUUUAUUACUGAUAAGUGUGGGGUUAUUAAUUGGUUCGAGGCCCCUGUCUUAAAUUACAUGCAUGAAAAAAUCAUGUAGACAUGUUAUAGGGGACUUUUUUUUACCUGAAAAUUUCCCAAGGGGAAUGCAGCUGCAUGAGAUAAUAAUUAUUGUUCUGUAACGGAAUGAUGAAUAUAUAUUGGGAUAAUGCUCAUAGAAUUCUAUUUUUAUCUUUUUUCAAGAGUUCAGAAUUUUUUCCCAUGUUAAAAUUGAUUCUUUGAAUAUCCUGAAUUUUGUCACUCUCAAUUUUCGCUUUCAAUGGUCCGCAACCACGUCUAUUUAACAAUUGAGUCUGUCGACUAACAAGUAUAAUUAUCCUGCAAUUGUGUGUAAACCGAUUUAUUGAUGAGAAUCGGAUUUCUCCGCCAAAAAAUUCAAAAACGCAAAUUCUAGAAUUUUUCCUCCCAAAUUUUUCUUUUAGAAUUCUCCACAGAGCAAAAUCCCAAAAAUUUCAUAUUAAAAACUCUCAGAGUCCUGCAGGACAUGUCAAUAGAAUUGCUUCACACGUGAUAAUUCUCUUCAGUAUUUAUUCAGUUCGCAGUUAGGUGAAUAUGUUGUACGUACUAUUUUUACUAUUAAAAAUUCAUUAAAACAUUUUGUGUUCACUAAGAAAAGUACUUCAUUAACCAUUUUAUCACUUGGAGUAUUUUUUCAGCGAUAGAGUAAUCUUUCGAUCGCAUCGAAAGAAGAUAAUCCCAAUCGAUACGUAAAUCUCUAGUUUACGAGAAAAAAAAUAAAAUAAAUAAGAUUAAAAAAUUGAAAAGAAAGACAUUUCAUCACAAUGUUCGAUUCGCUUCUUGAGGCUGAUUACAGUGAAUUGAGAUGAAUUAAUGAGCGAUAUAUGCUGCACUCACGUGAUUUUCGUACUAGAAAAGUUGAAGAGGCUUGUAUAUUUAAAAAAUGGUGAUCCUUGACAUUUUCGCACGGACAAAGCACUUGUUUUCGAUAUAUUUGCAUUAUUUGAAAAGACUGGCGUAAUUAAAGUGUUAAAUAUGGAAUUAUCUGGAAGAAAUGUUUCUUGAUAUCUUCCCACUUUAAUAAAAAAAUAAUUACCGAACAGUAACAUUCACUCAGUCGAUGCCCAGGAUUAUUUGGAUUAAUCAAAUCCAUAAAAAUAAAAAAAAACAAGCAGUUGAAUUCAGAAUCGUAAUACUGAAGGAAUUUUGAUAAUCUACACAGCACUAAUGUACAGAAUUAUAUAGUAAAGCCACGGAAUAGAGAGAAUGAAAAAUGAAAUUGUAACCACACGCUCUUGAAUAUAUAAAUCGUUUUGAAUUUUUCGUCGAACAGAGUAAAAAAUGCUUCUGUAUAUAAAAUCAAUGCAGUAGAAGAAAUCAUUGAGACUCCGAUUAAUUUUUUAUUUUUAUUUUUAUUUUUCAAAAAAAUAAUUAUUCACUCAGGCUAUUCGUUGAACGAGAGAGAAAUUUCAAGAACUGGAGCUGUAGGAUCAGCAAAGUGCAAAAGUUCAGAAUUUUUUUUUUUAUCUUAACGAUCACUAAAAUAUUUUGGAGGUGUUUCUGGUAAAUCUAUUCUAUAGAGAAUUUAAUCAGUUGCCAAAGAGAUCUUUUGAUGUUUGCCCUGAGUCCAUUGCUGCGGAGAUAAUUUCCGAAUAUCUAAAUUUGUUUUUUUUGUGACAGUUUCGACUGUAAAAAAAGCCAAUGAAUUUCCACAUUGACUUCCACCAUUUGACUUGAUAAACUUCAAAUUAAAAUGUAUCGAUGCACAACAAUUGUGACUGACUAAUAAUUUCAUUUCCAUGAAUAACGAUAAAGAAUAAAAAUUAUGAAAAGUAAAAAGAGAAAAGUAAUUAAUCGUAAAUAAAAGGUAUACAUUUCCAUCCAGAACUAAACUACGCUGCGAUGAAAGAGAAAAUAAAAAUGAUGCAACAGUAUGGCUAGACAAUGAAACUGUCAAAUAAAUAAGUAAGUAAAUAGUCUAGUAUAAGUAUAAUAAAGGAAGGUGAAGCACAAGUAUGUAAGAUCGCCUCGUAUGAUUCAUUGAUUUAAUUGUAUUAACGAAGGGAUGAGUAAUGUAAGUUUAAUAUAUGCGCAUGUAGCUGACUAACAACGUUUGUACUGCAAUGUUGACAAUGAAAUAAAUUUUUGAGACCAAA